CCGCCCGUUUCCCCGCUACGCGACUGCGAACACCGCGCCGCGUCCGCGUCAUUGAACAACAAGACUCGCUCGAUGGCAGGCGUUUUCCUGCCAAUAUGAAAAAAAGAGUUUUAAGCAACUCUAUCACAAAACACGCGAUAGUGGAAUUUAUAUGUUAUCUUUAUUUUAUAAAUAAUUUAUUUUUAUAGUGUUAUUGCAAUGAAAAACAUAUUUUUUAUUUAUUAGUGAAUGAUAGUCAAAUUAUUGUAAAAUUACGGCUGUUGUGUCUCCGUAUAGUGCCCUGUGAUUUAAUUUAAAUGUUAUAAGCUUCAGUAAAACAAAAUUGCAGAUGUCAGUGUCAGUGUGGUUUUAUAAUCAAGUUCUGUACAUGGUUGAGUGAUCGAUUUGUAACUCGAUUUAAAGUGUCAUCGAAAUUCUAUUGACUGGACAUCACUAUCUGUCAUCCAUAGGUGGAAAACCUACAAGAAUUGUGGACGGCACUGAUUCAAAUAUGUGUUGUGAUUUGCAGAUGCUCUCGGUACAAGUGCCGGGGUGCGCGGGCAUGGAGCGGCUGGGCGCGCCGGGGGGGCCGCGCCUACGGCACGAUCACAGACAUCACCAUUCCGCAUUGGAAUGGGAGAAGCAGCAGAGACUGCAGGCGAUGGUGGUGGGGCGUCUCCAGGAGAUGGUGGAGCAGGAGACGCGCGCGCGCUCCGCCGCAGCCGCCGAGCGCCUCGGCCUGCCUCCCAGUAUACAGCUGCCCGACGGAGAAUAUGGACAGGACGCCCAUCUGCAGUUACGGGCACCUUAUCAGCAAGACGAGCUGACGAGAAGCAGCGUGCAGCCUCCACCGAACAAGUGCGUGAGCGACGUGCCGGAGUGGGCGGGCGCGGCGGAGGCGCCGCGGCGCGGCGGGGGCGGGGGCGGCGGCGGUGGGGGCGCGGGCAAGAAGGACGGGCUGCUGCAGAAGGCGACGCGCUGGUGGGUGCGCAUGGGCGCGCGGCCGGCGCCCGCGCUGCUGCCGGCGCCGCCGCCGCCCGUGGUCAUGGUGCCGCGCCGCGCCGCGCCCUCGCCGCCGCCCGACGCGUGACGCCGCCGCGCCGCAGCACCCCUCUACCAUAUCACGCUUACAUUCCAUUAUCGGGACGAUCAGACUCGCCGGAGUGCACGCGCGUCCCGAAGUAUUAUAGACUUGGUAUUUAUUUAUUUGGGACUCGCGCCGGC